AUGAUAAAGUAUAGUCUUAAUUUAACAAAUCUUGAUCGAAGAUAACAAAACUUUAAGUAGGUUAAAAACAAAAUUUAUCAUCCAUUUUCCAAGCAUUAAUUUCUUAUUCAAAUUUUACUAGCAUUUAAACUUUUUUUUUGUUAAGAGAAAAGCCUAUAUUAUUUAGGUUUUCUUAUAAACUUUUCAAUUAAACCUCUAUUUAUUCUAUAAGCGUAUAUUUAUCAGUGUCUUCAUUUAAUUGUAUUUAUAUAAAAAAAUCGUCUAAAUAAUUUGAAAACUUCAAAUUAUGAAAUUAUUUGUCUUAUUAUUAGCUAAAGGUCUAUUUCACUAUGUAUUAUAUUAUAUUACUUAUGUAUGGUAGAAUAAAAUUAUGAUAAACCUCUCCUAUAAGUAUACCUUUUCUUAGAGUUAACUCCUCUUCUUUCUUAGUAACUGGAUCUACAUAGUAUAUUUUUCUUUGUCUAAGAUAAUUAGCUAAUUCAGGAAGAUUAAUCACUUUUUCUACUAGGUCAUAAUCAACAUUUAAACAAAAAUCUUUUAAGUCAAGAUAGAUAUAAAAACUUCUUAAAAGUGGUUUUUUAAGUUCUUACUUAACUUUGUUUAAAAUAGUAGAAUUAAAUUUCAUUUAAAUUUCAUUUUUGUAAAAAAUAGUCUCCAAAAAUUCACACGACUAAGACUUAACAGCCAAUCUGUGCUUAUUCUUUUUCAGUCUCAUUUCUACCGUACAUUUUUAAUUGA